CCACAUGAGAACUCACACAGAUGAGAAGCCAUAUUCUUGUGUAAUAUGUGGGAAAUAUUUCUGUAUCAGCCAUAUUGUUGUGAAACUUGUGGGAAAUGUUUCAGCAGACAGAGUCAUAAGUUGAACCACAUGAGAAUUCACACUGGUGAGAAGCUAUAUUCUUGUGAGACAUGUGGAAAGUGUUUCAGGCACCAGAGUCAUAAGUCAAUCCACAUGAGAACUCACACUGGUGAGAAGCCAUAUUUUUGUGAGACAUGUGGAAAAAGUUUCAGUGACCGGUCUGGUUUUAGAGUACACAAGAGAAUUCACACAGGUGAAAAGCCACAUUCCUGUAAAACAUGUGGAAAAUGUUUUCGUCGUCAGAGUAAUUUGUUGCAGCACAUGAGAACUCACACAGGUGAGAAGCCGUAUUCUUGUGAAACGUGUGGAAAGUGUUUCAGGCAUCAGAGUCAUAGGUUAGUCCACAUGAGAACUCACACUGGUGAGAAGCCGUAUUCUUGUGAAACGUGUGGAAAGUGUUUCAGGCAUCAGAGUCAUAGGUUAGUCCACAUGAGAAUUCACACUGGUGAGAAGCCAUUUUCUUGUGAAACGUGUGGAAAAAGUUUCAGUGACCGGUCUGGUUUUAGAGUCCAUAUGACAACUCACUCAAUUGUGAAACUUUAG